AUGCCACCUGAUACGACUGAUGAGUUUCUCGAAAUGAUUACCGAGCUGGAAGGAAGAAGGAAGUCGCAGCGCUUAGCGGAAAAGAAGAACCAGCCAGCAUGUACGCACUGCUUUGGGGAAGUUAUUGCUGCCGAAGGGAUUCCUGGUCAGCCAGGAUAUCGGAAGCGAGCGCCGUUGCGUAGAGAAGGUCACCAUGCUCUUCAACUUGCUGAUGAGAUCGAGAGUAGAAUUUCGCUGGGCAAGUGUGGUUUGAGCAGCCAACAAAACGUCGCAUACAAUACUUGGAAGACAUGGCGUAAAGAUAACUCGGCAGACUCCUUGUUACAAAAAUUAGACCGAGACGAUGGCAGGGAUGUCACCGAGCCUGAGAUGAGGAAGCUGAUCAAUGUCCUCUCCACUCUCCUAUUCCCAACAUCAUCAGAAGACGACAAGAUGAAAGUGGACUUCGGAUGGCAAGAUUGGAGCGAAACACCACAGCGAAUUGCCACCUACUAUCAUGCCGACAAAGGAGGACCUCUGAUCAGUAUGUGUUGCUUUAACCAGGUCGGCGACGAAGGCUAUGAUAAUCUAGGGAUCGUCGCCUCGGGCCGCAUAGCCACUAUCCUCAACGGGCUUGUGCACGCAUAUCUAGACUGUUAUGCCUGCCGGUGCAAAGGAGUCUUGGGCUCGUUUGAGGAAGACGUAGAGCAACUAGCGGGCCAUGGACGAGCGUGGCAGCGAAUAGCCGGUUCGAUAGAACGUUGGUCUCCAAGAAUCCUGGGCUAUCCAUUGGACAUUCACAGGUUUGAGUCGAUCGUGAUGAAUUGGUAUGAUUGGAAACAUUGGCCAAGCCGGAGGGAAGUCGAAAGCUGGCAAUUGGACUACUACGCAACAACAGAGUUUGACGAGAGCGAUUCGGAUGAUGAGAAGGACGGCGAAGGUGAAGGCGGCGGUGAAAGCGAAGAGAUGUAG